GCGUCAUCAUCGCUCAUUGGAACGGCCGUCACUGGUCCUGUUGGGCCUCAUCCAUUAAGUCAUACUCCCGGCCGGUUCGCUCUCCCCCACUUGCUGGUGAGGAGGGACCAUGUAGGGUAUCGUGAGGUUGUGCACUGUAGAGGCAAGCGCCCCCCUUGGCUCCCAGUUCUUCCCGGGGUCGCCCAUUCACCGUCGCACCUUCCCUCCGUUUCGAUCGUGCCUGCCUCAUUCCCUUAUUCCCUCAUUCCCCCUCGUGCUCGUGAAUAUACUUUAUAUACCCCUCCAUUCCCCCCUCUUCUCACCACUCUUUUUCCUCCAUCAUCCUUUGUCUUUUCUUUCACACUCACCACUUUCUCUCUGAUCAACACUUGUCUUCUGCCUCUUCUCUCUUAUCAAGUGUCUAACUACUCCUCCUACGGCACUCCCUCACAACAAUCCACCUAUCUCUUCUUUUGACCCUACUGCAUCAUGGGCAAAAAGGCCAUUCAGUUCGGCGGUGGUAACAUCGGCCGUGGUUUCGUUGCCGAGUUCCUCCAUGAGGCCGGCUACGAGGUCGUCUUCGUCGACGUUGUCGACAAGGUUGUCGAGUCUCUACAGAACACCAAGUCGUAUGAUGUCACUGAAGUCAGUGAGGAGGGCGAGAGCACCAAGACCAUCACCAACUACCGUGCUAUCAACUCCAAGCACAACGAGAGCGAUGCCAUCCAGGAAAUCGCCACGGCUGAUGUCGUGACGUGCGCCGUGGGCCCUAACAUCCUCAAGUUCAUUGCCCCGGUGAUCGCCAAGGGUAUCGAUGCCCGCACUGAAUCGAAGCCCGUGGCUGUCAUUGCUUGUGAGAAUGCCAUUGGAGCUACCGACACGUUGCAUGCUUUCAUCAAGCAGAAUACCAGCUCGGAGCGGGUCGAGUCCCUGUACGAGCGCGCCCAAUUUGCCAACUCUGCCAUUGACCGGAUCGUCCCUCAGCAGCCUUCCAACAGUGGACUCAACGUCCGGAUCGAGAAGUUCUACGAAUGGGUCGUCGAGAAGACCCCCUUCGGCUCUGUCGGUCACCCCGAUAUCCCUGCUAUCCACUGGGUUGAUAACCUGGAGCCCUACAUUGAACGCAAGCUCUUUACCGUCAACACCGGCCAUGCUACUACAGCCUACUAUGGCCACAUCCGGGGCAAGAAGAUGAUUGCAGAUGCUCUGGAUGACCAGGAGAUUCGGGGCCUUGUCCACAAGGUUCUCGACGAGACUGCCUCACUCAUCGUGUCCAAGCAUGACAUUUCCGAAGAGGAGCAGAAGGAGUACGUCGACAAGAUCAUCAGCCGCAUCUCUAACCCUUACCUCGAGGACAACGUCGACCGAGUGGGACGUGCUCCACUGCGCAAGCUGUCCCGCAAGGAGCGGUUCAUUGGACCGGCCUCCCAGCUGGCGGAGCGCGGCCAGAAGUACGAUGCCCUGAUGGACGCUGUGGAGAUGGCGCUCCGCUUCCAGAACGUACCUGGCGACGACGAGAGUGCCGAACUGGCCAGCAUCCUCAAGGAACGGUCGGCGGAGGAUGCCACCGGUCAUCUUACUGGCCUGGAGAAGGGUCACCCGCUGUAUCCUGCCGUGCUGGAGCGGGUGAGCAAGGUACAGCAGGAGACGAAGUAAGAGCCCUGCUGUUCUUGCAAUGUCGAGAUUCAUAAUGUUCACGAUUACGAUUACGAAAACUGCGAAUGCAUUCCGAGCCGAUCACGGACGCGAAUGUCCAACCGCAUGUACAACUGGCUCUGCCGCCGGACGGAGAGAGCCACCUGGGAUACGGCGAACAAUGGUCGGCGCGGAUGGAGCAUGGGCAU